AUGGCCGACGAUUUCGUGCCAUCCGCGCCAUCACCUCUCACGAGCUUCACAGCGAAUCCAGGCGCGAACACCACCAGCAUCCCUGGCUCGUGGUACAAUCCUACAGGUUGGACUGUGAAUGUGACACACUAUGUGCCUAUACUAGAGGACCUUGUUUGGGCCGGCCCAAGAUUCAUCAAGAUGCUCGGAUCUUACAUUUCUGUUCCCGACAACCUCGAGGCGACUUCCAACCCUUCUGGUUACCUGCCAGCUGCUGCUGGUGCCAGCGCUAUCCUCGCCGAGGCCAACCCGACGAUUCAAAACAUAAUGGAACCUCUCAUCAGCACUGGAGGCCCGGAAACGAUUGGUCCCGAUGUAGCAGCCACUCCUAUGGGGCGUGUAUCUGUUGAUAGCGCCCGUAGCUUGGGUAGCGUUUUUGGUUAUGCCACAAGCAAGUGGGCUCUGUGUUGCAUUGCUAUGGCCGUUAUACUGAACCGGACGCAUAUAUUCGCUGCCACUCGACGACGGCUACGCCUUCGAUGGCCCACAAGACUCUUGCUGCGGUUCGUUCCGGUUGCCUUGCUUGUAAUCCAGGCUCGCCAGCUGCUUCAAUCUAUCCAAUGCCAGACUUCUCGCGACUUUUCUGAAUUACGAUGGGGUAAUUCAACCAAGAGUUCUGACCUCAUGUUCGCGCAUGGAAACUCCUUCCUCAACUCUCUCAGCUCUGCCAUGUUAUUCUCAGCAUCAGAUGAGCAGUCUUGCGUUGCCGUUCGCAUGAUACCCUCGGACGAAUCUGGCUCCGCUCGUGAUUUGACCGGUUCUCUGUCCCUUCUCUGGCCACUAUUCGGGACCUUUUGCUUAAGUCAGUUUAUCGAGACCGUCUCAUGUGCCGUGCAAGGUCGUCCAGUUGCACCUGAGACAGGUAUGACACUCUUUGAGCAGUCUCUCGCUUUUGCCGAAGCAGAUGCUGCUAUCAGCAACCAGCUUGGGUGGAAUCUGUUCACCAAAACCAGCUCAGCGAAUGUUCCGAGUUCUGGGCUUGGUAAUGCCAUAGCUUUGACUCGAUCGAUGGUCAUGAAGAGGGUCAACACGUCUCCAGAGGUGCUUUUAGUUGCCUUUCUGUCUUUGAUGACUCAUAUCACAAGCCACCUUCUGGGGAUCCUCAAUUUGCAGGCCAAGUACCGAUUAAUUAGCACAGGAUUCUGGGGUCUCUGUUUCAUGGCUAGCAUUGUAUGGGCAGCCAUCUCAUUCGAUCUCGAUGAUCCGUCUUCUCAAAGCCUACUCAGGUUUCCAACAGUUUGCAUCAUAGGAUUCGUACCGCAUGUUCUCGUUUUACUCGGCAUUGCUAUAUGUCUAUUUAUCUAUGGGCUAGCUCUCUUGCUCUCAGCCAUAUCACCACCUUCCACAUCUGAUAUGGCCUCGAUGUCAUUUCGCCAGCGCCUUGCGCAUGCUCACGAGAAUAUGCAAGCGAACGUAUCACUCUCCUCGAUUCGAAUUACCCGGGAGAUGGAUUUUUAUACAGCCCUACUACGAACUGGAUUUGGCGCCAUAACUAUGGCCAGCGAAGCUGUUUAUUUGAAUGAGGAUAAAGGUGUCAGUCUUAAACGACGUACCUGGCUCGAAGAGGAACGGUUCAAGGAGGCCGAGGAAUUGCAAAGAAAAUUAAUUGGUGGCGGCUUACCAGACUCCCGAUAUGACCAGGUCGGUGCAAUCGGGUUGAUUCCUGUAAAAGGGGGUCCGACGAUCGCGUCUAAUGGAUACGCACGCGAACGUGCCGCGCAAAAGAUUCCAAAAGGGCGUGGUGAACGCAAUCUUCGUGCAGGGAUCGGGGCAGCCGAAAGAAGUUCUCGCUGGCUCAUGGCUCUGGAGUUUCUGCUCAGCAUCAACAAGCUGAUUGCAAGGAUUUGUGCCAAGUCCCUACUAUGGUGUCUCGCAACGCUACGGGUUCGAUGGCAGCCUGCUUGGCUUCUCUGGCUUGCACAGCAUCCGAAGAGUAUAAAAACUCAGAGCAAGAGCUCGAGUCGUGGCCAAGCAAGACCACGAGUUGCUUCGUCAUAUAACGAUGGGCGGAUACCGAAAGAGGAGUCGGCCGACAUAGAAGCCGAAUUCAGACGCCUGGACAGCGGCCAAGACGAGGAGAGUUUCGAUCGGGAAAUGUACAAAUAUUGGGUCAAGAAUGGCUGGUGGGGAUCUACCGAUACAAGCGGUGAUUUUGAACCACACUCGGAUGACGAUUUUGAUACCACAAGCGUUAUCUCUUUAUCAACCGCUGGCGAUGGGAUCGAUGACUACCAGGCAUGGGAAUCUGAUGAUGAGAACGACGAUGGCCAACGAACGCCCACCCAACGGUCUCCUCAAAUGACUCGCGAGAGCACUCCUUUUCACGACACUCCUAUGCAGAUCUCAGACCUUGCACGUCUUCUUCAUCCUACUAACCCGCAGGAGCGAGAGGAGGCCAUAACUUUGUCUGCCCAUCUUCAAAGUGAUGGAAUCAUGACACGCGCUAAAUACCGGCGAAUGGAGCAGUUGCAGCGCACUCGUGUCCUCACAACUCCUGGGUCAGGGCUCUUAUUACCCAAAACCAACAGCACGCAAUCAGGACGCAACAUCAAGUUGGAUCCAGACGAAGAGGAGCGUCUUUUGGAACAACUUCUGCUCUCACGACGGCAAACUUCCGCCUCUGCAGCAUACGCAGAGACGUCAUGGGAGGAAGGAGGAUCGGGUUUUGGAAGCGAUGGACCACAAUGCGUGGUGUGCCAAAGCUCACCAAGAACGAUCAUUGUAUGGCCCUGUCGCUGUCUGAGCCUAUGCGAUGACUGCCGUGUCUCUCUUGCUAUGAACAACUUUGACAAGUGCGUCUGUUGCCGCCGUGAGGUCAUCAGUUUCAGCCGCGUAUUCGUCCCUUGA